ACCAUAUGUGUCCGUCAGUACAGUAGUAGUUUUCUGUCGACGUGCAGUAUUUAGCUGUACCUCACGCACAACGUGCAUUUUCUGCACCUGCUGUUGACGUCCUGCAUCUGAAUAUGGGUACCGUAUAACAAAUCACUAUUCUGUUUCCCUGAAUUCACCUGCAGUGCCGCCUCCUGGACAGAAAUGUCUCCAAUGCAAACUGUACUAGAAGCUCGCAGUCUGUUCGUGCAUCUUCUCACCAAAGGCCGGGGAGGACCGGAGCGCAGAGAAAGCGGCAUGGCUGGGAGAGUACUUCUGAGCCCAAACACCUUAACCCUCCUCGGGGUCCUUUUGACUGGGACCUGUGCGGCAGGAGUAGGCGGGGGACCAGGGCUGCUCCGUGAGGAGAGGUAUAGAGAGAAUGACAUGGAGAGCCCGUGCGAAGUGAAGACAGUAACGGUGUCCACCCUGCCUGUUCUUCGGGAGAAUGAGUUCAGUUUUACCGGGGGAGGUGCAGGGAGCUUAGCUGGAGGAGGAGGGGAGUCCCGGCUUCUGCUUUUCGUCAGGACCGACCUGCCUGGGCGGAUCUCGGUAUUGGAUGACCUGGACAACACAGCUCUCCCUUACUUCACACUGGAAAUGUCGGGGACGGGUGUGGAUAUUUCCCUGGUGCAUUGGAAGCAGCAGUGGCUGGAGAAUGGUACCCUCUACUUCCAUGUGUCCAUGAGCAGUGCAGAGAACCUGUCCCAGGUGACGCCCCCCCCUCUCCGGGAGGCUUCGGAGAUUGUGGACGAGCAGAUGCACGUUCUCCAUAUUUCUGUCAUGGGCGGUCUCAUUGCACUGCUGCUGCUCAUCCUGGUCUUCACCAUGGUCCUGUACGCCCGCCGGCGAUGCUGCAAGAGGAGGCGUGUCCCUCAGAAGAGUGCCAGCACAGAAGCCACCCACGAGAUCCACUACAUCCCCUCGGUGCUGCUGGGACCCCAGGCCCGGGACAGCUUCCGCAGCUCCCGCAUCCAGGCACAUGACUCCGUCAUCGGGGUGCCGAUCCGCGAGACCCCCAUCCUCGAUGACUACGACUACGAGGAAGAGGAGCCCCACCGGCGAGAGGACGACUUCGGCAGCCAAGUGACUCGCACCCUGGACAGCCUGGGCAAAGGAGAGGACGAGAAACCCUGCUUCCAGACUAGAGGCAGGGCUGUGUUCGGCAAGAUGGGAGGCUCGGGGUCGGAGGCAGACGACGAGACCCCACUCAAGUUCUACACAGAGCACCACAGGGGCCGUCGGAGGAGCAAAGGUUCUCCCAGAAGUCCUGUGAAUAAGAACACCCUGACAUUGCUGGCAGUGAGUAGCUGUGUGCUGGCGGUGGUGUACGGGAGUCAGCUGCCCUGCCCCCUCACUGUGAAGGUUACUCUGCACGUGCCUGAGCACUUCAUUGCUGACGGAAGCAGUUUUGUGGUGAGCAUGGGAAGCUAUCUGGAUGUGUCGGAUUGGUUAAACCCUGCCAAGCUCUCUUUGUAUUACCAAACCAACUCCACCUCCCCUUGGGUUAGAGACUACUGUGGGCAAAGAACGACAGCCUCCUGUGAGCAGCUCUGUGACCAGGAAACCGGUGAAUGCAGCUGUCAUGAAGGCUACUCCCCUGAUCCUGUGCAUAAACAUCUUUGUGUGAGGAGCGACUGGGGAGAGAAUGAAGGGCCCUGGCCGUACACGACGCUGGAACGAGGUUAUGACCUCGUCACGGGGGAGCAGGCUCCAGAGAAGAUAUUCAGAUCCACGUACAGCCUUGGACAGGGCCUGUGGCUGCCGGUCAGUAAGAGUUUCGUAGUCCCUCCAGUGGAACUCUCCAUUAAUCCCCUGGCAAGCUGCAAGACUGACGUGCUGGUCACAGAAGACCCGGGGGAUAUCAGGGAAGAAGCUCUGAUGUCUACAUAUUUCGAAACCAUUGAUGAUCUCCUUUCUUCCUUCGGGCCGGUGAGGGACUGUACCAAGGAAAAUGGGGGAUGUAGAAAAAACUACAAGUGUAUUUCAGACAGGAAGGUGGACUCUUCAGGAUGCAUGUGUCCGGCAGGUCUGAGGCCAAUGAAGGAUGGGACUGGUUGCUAUGACUACGCCAAAGGCACAGACUGCUCGGAUGGUUUUAAUGGGGGGUGUGAACAGCUGUGCCUUCAGCAACUGGUGCCCUUGCCCGAGGACCUUACCUCCAGCAAUGUUCUCAUGUUCUGUGGGUGUGUGGAGGAGUACAGGCUGGCAGCAGACGGCAGGUCAUGUGUCAUGCUCUCAGAUGCCUGCGAGGGCUCCAGGUGUCAGAGGCAGGACGGCAGGCUCAACGACACCCUCUUCGGUGAGAUGCUGCACGGCUACAACAACAAGACCCAGCAAGUGAACCAGGGCCAGACCUUCCAGAUGACAUUUAGGGAUAACAACUUUAUAAAAGAUUUCCCCCAGCUUGCCGAUGGGUUAAUGGUGAUUCCCCUCCCGGUCGAGGAGCAGUGUCGAGGGAUUCUCUCAGAGCCGUUACCCAACCUGCCACUCCUGACUGGAGAAGCCAAGCACAGUGAAGCUAUGGGAUAUCCCAUGGUGCAACAGUGGAGAGUCCGCAGUAACUUGUACAAGGUCAAGCUCAGCGCCAUCACGCUGUCAACAGGAUUCUCUAAAGUGCUGAAGGUGCUAAACGUGGAGAGCAGUCGAGAGGAGCUGCUGGCACUCAUCCAGCAGCACGGCACACACUACAUUGCUGAGGCCCUGUAUGGCUCCGAGCUCACCUGCACCAUAUACUUUCCCAGCAAGAAGGUCCAGCAGCAGCUCUGGCUCCAGUACCAGAAAGAAACCACUGAACUGGGGAGCAGGAAGGAGAUGAGAUCCAUGCCCUUCAUCACGUACCUGUCCGGGCUGCUCUCUGCACAGCUGCUGUCUGACGAGCAGCUCAUCUCAGGUGUGGAGAUCCGCUGCGAGGAGAAGGGCCGCUGCCCGGCAACGUGCCACCUGUGCCGCCGGCAGGGCAAGGAGCAGGUCAGCCCAUCUCCGGUGCUGCUGGAGAUCACCCGCGUGGUGCCCCUCUACACCCUCAUCCAGGACAACGCCACCAAGGAGGCUUUCAGGAACGCUGUAAUGAGCACCUACUGGUGCACAGGAAAAGGUGAUGUCAUUGAGGACUGGUGCAGAUGUGACCUGAGUGCCUUUGAUGAGAAUGGACUCCCAAACUGCAGCCCUCUGCUCCAGCCUGAACUACGACUGGCACCUAACCUGGAGCCAUCAAGCACCAUGGUAGCGAUGGAGUGGCUGGACAUCGAGCCUGUUAUAGGAUGCAAGAUAUCAGACUUCAUCAUACAGCACAAGAAGGUGGAGGACCCACUGGAGGCUGAAAUCUACACCGGGGAGGUGCUGAGCUUUGCAGAUGAUCUACUGUCUGGUCUAGGGUCCUCCUGUGUGGUGGCGGGGAAGCGACACGCGGACUUCUCCCAUUCGAUCAUCUACUCUGUAGUCUUUAAGUGUCUGGAACCAGACAGCCUCUACAAGUUUACGCUCACUGCAGUGGACAGCAGAGGAAGGCAGUCAGACUCGAGCUUCGUCUCUGUAAGGACAUCCUGUCCCAUGGUGGACGACAGCAAGGCUGAAGAAAUUGCAGACAAGGUCUAUAAUUUAUAUAACGGCUACACCAGUGGCAAGGAGCAACAGAUUGCCUACAACACUCUCAUGGAGAUCUCCCCUUCCAUGCUGUACCGCGUCCAGCACCACUACAACUCCCACUACGAGAAAUUCGGGGAUUUCGUCUGGCGCAGCGAAGACGAGCUUGGACCAAGGAAAGCCCACCUGAUCCUGAGGAGACUGGACAGAGUAAGCACCUACUGUGCCACAUUGCUCCACAGUGCCUUCAUCCAAAGCAGGACUGACACAGUGCCCUAUCUCUUCUGCCACAGCGAGGCGACGAGACCAGCCAAUGCAGUCUGGCACAGUUCUUUACAGGACACCAAAGUGACUUGUGUUGAAAAGCUGAUGUCAAUACCACGGAACACAUACGGAGACUCCAAACUGCGAUGAGCGCGACUUUUCAAACACAUUUACAUGGGACUGUUUGUUUGUUUGUUUGUUUUUUUACAAGGCAGAGAAGCUAACAGUGAAGCUUUGGAGACAAAAAGCUUGUUGAUGAACAUGAGCCGGAGAGAAUUGACUGUACUAAACUGUUUCUUUUUCUAACUUAGUGGCAUUUAAGUAGAUUGCUUAAAGUGUGAUGUCAGAGCAUGUAAAUGAUUUUAAAAAAGAAGACGACUAAAUGAUGAAUUACCAUACUGCAGAGCUAACUGGGGUUGUGAAAAGUGCUACUUGGGUUAUAUUUUGAAACUUGAAUCUUACAAUGGGGUUGCAUUCCCCCACCCCCCGUAAUGUUUUUGUUUACACAAUAAUGUUCAGUGUUUAUUUGGUGGUGGUUCUGUUUUAACUCUAAUAUUUGGAUAUCCAGGAGUCAAAGAAGUACAGUAAAGGCCAUGGUUUCUGUUU